GUCGAAACGCGAUCUCGGUUUUUCUUCCAGAACGCCCACCUACUUCUGCCGAUAUGACGCCAGAGGAAUACGAUAGCCUAUCCUCAGAAGAGCGGAGAGUAAAAGAUCAAGAAGAAAGGACGAGGGAAGCAACUGAACAGGCUGCUUUGCCCUACAAAUGGACUCAGACGCUGGGAGAAGUCGAUAUCGCCUUUCCAGUUCCAAAAGGAACUAAAGGGAAAGAUCUAAUUAUUAUGAUACAAAAGAAGAAAAUAUCGGCCGGACUGAAGGGUAAAGACAAGAUUCUCGAGGGCGAAUUGUGCAAAGAGAUCAAAAUCGAUGAUAGUACCUGGACCCUCGAGGACAACGAGAAUGUGCAUAUCCAUCUGGAGAAAGCGAACACUCAGCAGUGGUGGGAGAAUGUGCUCACUCACCACCCAAAAAUCGAUACCACAAAGAUCGAACCGGCUAAUAGCAAACUCAGCGAUCUAGAUGGUGAAACGAGAGGAAUGGUCGAGAAAAUGAUGUUCGAUAAUCAGCAGAAACAAAUGGGAAAGCCUACGUCCGACGAGCUCAAGAAAAUGGAGGCAUUGAAGAAAUUCCAAGGUGCUCAUCCAGAACUCGACUUCUCAAACGCCAAAAUCUCAUAAACAAAAGGCAAAGCACCUAUUCCCAUUCCAAUAUUGUAAUCUAGCGGUAACCUGUUAUAAAACACCCGCCUGCAUGUAUAAAAUAUUCAACGCAGU